UGCGCCUGCGUGGAAUAGGAUUGGCUAGCUAGUCUCUGACAACGAAGGUCUGUGAUUGGUCAGGGUGGGGUUGCGGGCGGUGCUGCAGGGAGCCGCUGUCAUGGCGGAGCUGAGUGAGGCGUUGCUAUCGGUACUGCCGGCCAUCCGCGUGCCCAAGGCUGGGGACCGGGUCCAUAAGGAGGAAUGCGCCUUUUCCUUCGAUACACCGGAGUCAGAUGGGGGCCUGUAUAUUUGUAUGAACACGUUCCUGGGCUUCGGGAAGCAAUAUGUAGAGAAGUACUAUGGGAAAACAGGCCAUCGGGUCUACCUGCACCUCAAGAGAACACGCAAGCUGAAGGAGGAAGACAGUAACUCCAGUGCUGGAGACCCCCCCAGGAAGAAACCCACCCGCUUGGCUAUUGGCAUAGAAGGUGGGUUUGACAUCCCAGAGGAGAAGUUUGAAUAUGAUGAAGACGUAAAAAUAGUUAUUUUCCCAGAGCACCUGGAGAUCCCACGGGAUGGGCUGGAGGGGCUGCCAGACAUGGUCCAAGACAGGAUUGCCAGUGCGGUUGAGGCUAUCCUGACAGCAGAUUCAGCCUCGCGAAAGCAGGAGGUACAGGCAUGGGAUGGAGAAGUUCGACGUGUUUCCAAACAUGCUUUCUCUUUGCACCAGCUACAGAACAGCGUCCGCAUCCCUCCGUGUGGCUGGAAGUGCAACAAAUGCGACAUGCGUGAGAACUUGUGGCUCAACAUGACUGAUGGAUCCAUCCUGUGUGGCCGGCGCUACUUCGACGGCAGUGGCGGCAACAACCACGCAGUUGAGCAUUAUCGGGAGACUGGCUACCCGCUGGCUGUGAAACUGGGAACCAUCACCCCCGAUGGGGCUGACGUUUACUCCUAUGAUGAGGAUGAUAUGGUGCUGGAUCCCAGCCUGGCUGAACACCUGGCUCACUUUGGGAUUGACAUGCUCAAGAUGCAGAAGACAGACAAGACAAUGACCGAGCUGGAGAUUGACAUGAAUCAGCGCAUUGGGGAGUGGGAGCUGAUCCAGGAGUCUGGGGUGCAGCUCAAACCCCUCUAUGGCCCUGGUUACACUGGCAUCCGAAACCUGGGCAAUAGUUGCUACCUCAAUUCUGUGGUGCAGGUGCUGUUCAGCAUCCCUGACUUCCAGAGAAAGUAUGUGGACAAGCUGGAGAAGAUAUUCCAAAGUGCUCCCUCAGACCCCACACAGGACUUCAGCACCCAAGUAGCCAAGCUGGGCCAUGGGCUACUCUCUGGGGAGUAUUCGAAGCCAGCCUCUGGAGACGGGGAACAGCAACCAGACCAGAACCAGAAGGGCAUGCAGGAUGGCAUUGCUCCACGCAUGUUUAAAUCUCUCAUUGGCAAAGGGCACCCGGAAUUCUCCACCAACAGGCAGCAAGAUGCCCAGGAGUUCUUCCUGCAUUUCAUCAACAUGGUGGAGAGGAACUGCCGCAGCUCAGAAAAUCCCAAUGAGGUCUUCCGUUUCCUGGUGGAGGAGAAGCUCAAGUGCCUGGCCACAGAGAAGGUGAAAUACACCCAGCGUGUGGACUACAUUAUGCAGCUGCCCGUGCCCAUGGAUGCUGCACUCAACAAAGAUGAGCUGCUGGAAUAUGAGGAGAGGAAGCACCAGGCAGAAGAGGAGAAGCAGCCGCUGCCUGAGCUGGUCCGAGCCAAGGUGCCUUUCAGCUCCUGUCUAGAGGCCUACGGGGCUCCAGAGCAGGUGGAUGACUUCUGGAGCACAGCCUUGCAGGCCAAGUCUGUGGCUCUCAAGACAACCCGGUUUGCCUCCUUCCCAGACUAUCUGGUGAUCCAGAUCAAGAAAUUCACUUUUGGCCUGGAUUGGGUACCCAAAAAGCUCGAUGUCUCUAUCGAAAUGCCAGAGGAGCUGGACAUCUCUGCGCUACAGGGGACAGGGCUGCAAGCUGGUGAGGAGGAGAUGCCAGACAUUGCGCCUCCACUGGUGACGCCAGACGAGCCCAAAGGUAGCCUGGGGUUCUAUGGCAACGAGGACGACGACUCCUUCUGCUCCCCUCACUUCUCCUCUCCAACAUCCCCCAUGUUGGAUGAAUCGGUGAUUAUCCAGCUGGUGGAGAUGGGCUUUCCCAUGGAUGCCUGCCGCAAAGCUGUGUACUACACCGGGAACAGCGGGGCUGAGGCUGCCAUGAACUGGAUCAUGUCGCACAUGGAUGAUCCAGAUUUUGCCAACCCUCUGGUUCUUUCUGGAUCUAGUGGGCCAGGUUCCACCAUCAUCUGUCCAGACCCCCCUUCAGAAGACAGCGUGGCCACUAUUGUCUCUAUGGGCUUCUCCCGAGAUCAGGCUAUGAAAGCCCUAAGAGCCACGAGUAACAGUCUGGAGCGGGCUGUGGACUGGAUCUUCAGUCACAUUGAUGACCUGGACGCAGAGGCUGCCAUGGACAUCUCAGAGGGGCGCUCGGCGGCUGAGUCCAUCUCUGAAUCUGUCCCUGUGGGUCCCAAAGUGCGUGAUGGGCCUGGAAAGUAUCAGCUCUUUGCCUUCAUCAGCCACAUGGGCACUUCCACCAUGUGUGGCCAUUAUGUCUGCCACAUCAAGAAGGAUGGCAGGUGGGUGAUUUACAAUGACCAGAAAGUCUGCGCCUCUGAGAAGCCACCCAAGGAUCUCGGUUACAUCUACUUCUAUCAGCGGAUUCCCAGCUAGAACUCCCUCCUACUGUGUGCGGAGUGGGGAGCAGGCUGCUGGCAUGAGGAGGGGGAGGCAGUGACAAAUACAGAGAAGCAGUGCACAUUCUUUCACCCCACUCCCUGCUAUGUCUCACCUGUGCCACUGCUGUAACUCUGGGGGCAGGUGUUCCUUGGUUAAUAAAACUGGGGGCUGGGGCCCCUAUGGACAUGAGUGAAGAGGGGUGGGCAGAUGGAUUUGUUUCAAUAUAAAAUCUCUCAUUACUCCCUACUCCAAGGCACAGCCUCUAGUGCUUUGCUGCUUGGUGUAAUUAUGCCAUCCCCUUUCAGGCUGAAAGGGGAGAAGGGGGGGCGUGCGUGCGUGUGUGUGGCUUUGUGUAUCAUGGGUGGGUGGGUGGGUGGGUGGCUUCUCUCCCUUAUGUCCCCUCCCAAACAAGGGGGCUGUGCAGGAAAUAAUGUGGGCCAUAAGUAGCACCACUUCCUCCUUGUGUGCCCCUUAAAUGCCAAAAUACGCGAAGGAUAAAAUAAAAGUUAAAUACCCCCUG